GACGGAAGGUAUCUGGGAAAACCAAUAGAAGGAUACAGCGAAGGCAAGGCGGCCAAAUCGUCAGAAUCCAGUCAAAUUCUAACAGAGUCCAUCUCAAUUUGUGGACCGUCUCGUUGCAGCUUCAUGCCAAUAGGAAGGACUGGUAUGGUUUCAGGGAGUAGGGGUCUUGCUCGUCGAGAGUCUUGCGCCUGCGAUCUCUACUUCCUUCGCCUCAAGGACAGCAGCAGUUUAAUCGCGGUCGACGCCAACUUGCUUGACUCUGCGACGGACUAUUUCAAGAAAAAGGUGAAUCACGACUAUCAGCUGAGCAAUUUGAGUACAAUUGACCUGCACGAGGUGAGACGAAGUCUAUUCGACAAUCUACUGUAUUGUCUGCGCAAAAAAUGCUUUCCAGACCAACAGUUUCCGGACAACCAAUCGAAGAUACAGGCGGCUUCAGAGGUUUUCAAUCUGUCCCAUCAAUUGAAUGUAAGUUAUUCAGACCAACUAGCAUUGUUCAUUGGGCACAUCGAUGCCAUAUUUUUGGUGCUUCGGCUCAGAGCUGUUCAAUUAUGGACUAAUCAUCUUCAACCUAAUCAUGCCGAACCGGUGCCAGCCUAG